GUUAUCCAAUGAGAGAGGUGGAGGGUGGAGUUCCGGUCGUCCGCUCUGCGCCGAAGCUGAGCUCCGGUUCUCUUCAGCGCCAGUUGUGGGCUUGCGGGUGAGGUAUCUAAUUCUCAGGGCUGGACUCGGCAGAUUCUCGGGAUGGGCAGUUUUCUUGGCAGGAGGCGACAGUGCGGGUAGAGUCUAGAACGCCGGAGUCACUGAGCCUAUAACUCGAGGAGCGCCGAGGGAAAUGGGGAGGAGGUGAAAAGGGGGAGCCACGUGUUGGGGCUUCUGGUGCAUUGGUUGACAUUACAUGGUGUCAUAAGUGGGAUCUGAAGGCGCCAACCGUCAAGAAACAACAGCCUCUGGAUUCAGGUGAAGUUCCCGCACUUGAGUCCUUUGCUCUUUGCUUCUGUGAGUUGCUGUAACUUUCAGUUUGAUUUUUACUACCCUUGGAUGCACACCUGCUAUGGAGAAGAUUGAAGAACAGUUUGCUAAUUUGAACAUUGUUAAACGUUCCUCAGAAACUAAAGAACCUACGUAUUUGCUUGGCAUAGACACAUCAAAGACUAUACAAGCUGAAAAAGGAAGCUUGGUUGCUGUUUUAUGUUCUAAUGGAUCAAUCAGAAUAUAUGAUAAAGAAAGGUUAAAUGUACUACGAGAAUUUAGAGGCUACCCUGGACUUAGUGGAGUCAAAUUUGCACAUUCCUGCGACAGUGUGUAUUCAUCAUGUACUGAUGGCACUGUAAAAUGUUGGGAUGCACGACUAGCCAGUGGAAAACCUGUCCAGCUGUUCAAGGGUUACCCUUCUAAUAUUUUUAUCAGUUUUGAUAUCAACUGUAAUGAUCAUGUUAUUUGUGCUGGUACAGAAAAAGUUGAUGAUGAUGCAUUGUUGGUAUUUUGGGAUGCAAGAAUUAAUUCUCAGGACUUGUCUGCUACUAAAGACCCACUUGGUGCAUAUUCAGAGACGCACAGUGAUGAUAUCACUCAAGUAUGUUUCCAUCCCAGCAAUCCCAACAUGUUAGUUUCAGGUUCAACUGAUGGCCUGGUAAAUGUAUUUGAUAUUAGUGUUGAUAAUGAAGAAGAUGCACUGGUUACAACCUGUAACUCAGUUUCAUCAGUAAGCUCUAUUGGUUGGUCUGGGAAAGAUUAUAAACAGAUUUACUGCAUGACACAUGAUGAAGGAUUUUGUUGGUGGGAUCUUAAUCAUCUGGAUACUGAUGAACCAAUUACACGUUUGAACAUCCAGGAUGUCAGAGAAGUAAUUGAUGUGAAAGAAGGUAUUUUGGACUAUUUGAUUGGUGGCCUAUAUCAUGAAAAGACAGACAAAUUAUUUGUUGUUGGAGGAACAUACACAGGAAUUAUUCACGUAAUGAGCUGUACUACAUCAGGAUUGGUCCAUGUGACCAGCCUUCAGGGAGGGCAUGCUGCUACAGUCCGUUCUUUCUGUUGGAACAUGCAGGAUGAUUCUCUGCUAACUGGAGGAGAAGAUGCACAGUUGUUACUUUGGAAACCUGGAGCAACAGAGAAGACAUUCACAAAGAAAGACAGCAUGAAAAUAGCAUCCUCUGUGUACCAGCGAGUUCGAGUUCACAGUAAUGAUUCUUACAAGAGAAGGAAAAAGCCGUGAUGUUACAUUGGGAGUUUACUUGGUAGGUUUUAUAAUUGCAAAUAAUUAUUUCAGUGUACUGCUUGUGGUAGAUAUGUUUAAAGCUCAUAUGUAAAAACAAGCCAGUUAGCACACAGUCCUAGAAAAAUGUUGAGAAUGGUUUAAUUCAGGUCUUCAUGUAUUCUAAAAUAAUUAUUUUUUUAAGCUGCCAGUUGAGUAUAUAAUCAGUGAGUUGAAAGUAAAAUUACAUUCCUCAUUUUGAAAACCCAUCUGUUAAAUUAGUAAAUGUUGGGUUUAAAGAAAUAGCUUUGAUAAGGACUUUUUAGAAGUAGAUGGCUGUUAUGACUUUAAAAACAGGUGGUUUGGGCUGUGUUUUUUAAGCUCAAUUUUUUUACAUUUUAAAUCAUCUUCAUUAUUUAUAAAACCAAAUCAGACUGUUUUCUUCAUUUGAGAAGCUCCUACUUGCUUAAUACAUAUAAAUAUUCUAAUGAGUCUAAAUAGAAUUAAACUUUUUCGGAAAGAAAGUGAUUUGCAUUUAUUUGAAAAAAUACAUUUAGUAAAUAUUUGCAUCUAUAAUAUUGUUGGUUAAACAGUAAACAGAUGUUUCACUGAUGAAAGGGAAAUUAUCUUGCAAAAUUCAUUUGAGACUCAGUGAAAAUCUAAAAAUGAAAGUAUUUAAUAGAAUGAUUUUUAAUUUCAAAGUAUUACAAUAUUUUUUGGUAAUACUUUAUUCUACAGUGUUUCAUCCAUCUAUAAUUCUAAACUUGAAUUUUUGUUUACUGCUAAUUUUUCCAUCCUUCCUUUUAAAUUAUUUCUCCAAAGAAUCUUAAUUAAAAAGUUGAUCCCUCUAA